UCACACUUUUACUCAACGAGUUUUACAUAGAUUUAGCGACAAAUACCUUAAAAGUUAAGAAGAAAAUCAGAAAUUGAGUCCGAACAAAGUCGCAUACCUGAAGAACAACAAUUCACGAUCCAAAAUUUCUCUUCAACUUUUCUUCAUCAUUCUCUUUCAGCUACAAAUCCUUAUCCACAUAUUGACACGAACUUGGUUCGCUUCUAUGAGCCAAAUCCUAUGUUUUACGUGGCUUCAUAAUGGUAUUGAAGGAUUUAUGUGAUAGGAUUGUUGCUGCAAAGUGUUCUUCCAAAAGCUCAACCGAGAUUGUCGAUAAUACUCAGGUGCCCGCCUCUUCAAAGGCAGGGUCUAGUGAUAGUAAGUUUCCCAAGGCUUCCUUAUGGUCAACCUUCUUUACAUCUGGUUUUUCAGUCGAUGAAACAUAUAGUGAAUCAUCAUCUUCUGAAAAGAAAACAGUUCAUUCUCGAAAUAGUGGGUGGGCAGCUGCUGUGAGGAAAGUCGUUAGUGGCGGUUCAAUGAGGAGAUUUCAGGAGCGUGUACUAGGGUCAUGCAGGACUGACGUUUCGAGCUCUGAUGGCGAUAUAUGGCUUCUAGGUGUCUGCCAUAAAAUUUCACAGCAUGAAUCAACUGGAGAUGUAGAUAUUCGUAACGUGUUUGCAGCAUUUGAGCAAGAUUUUUUCUCUAGAAUAUUAAUAACUUACCGGAAAGGCUUUGAUGCAAUUGAAGAUUCGAAGUAUACUAGUGAUGUUAAUUGGGGUUGUAUGCUUCGAAGCAGCCAGAUGCUUGUUGCUCAGGCAUUACUUUUUCACAAGUUAGGUAGAUCGUGGAGAAAAACUGUUGACAAGCCAGUGGAUAAAGAAUAUAUUGACAUCUUGCAACUAUUUGGUGAUUCCGAGGCGGCUGCUUUUUCUAUCCACAACCUUCUUCAAGCUGGUAAAGGUUAUGGUCUAGCCGUUGGGUCAUGGGUGGGGCCAUAUGCUAUGUGUCGCACAUGGGAAGUUCUAGCUCGAAACCAGAGGGAGAAGAAUGAGCAAGGAGAACAGCUACUUCCAAUGGCUAUUUACGUUGUUUCUGGAGAUGAAGACGGGGAACGAGGUGGAGCACCAGUUGUCUGCAUUGAAGAUGCCUGCAAACGCUGUUUAGAGUUUUCAAGGGGCCUAGUUCCUUGGACACCUCUACUUUUAUUGGUUCCUUUGGUUCUUGGACUUGAUAAAGUCAAUCUAAGGUACAUUCCUUUAUUGCAGUCAACUUUUAAAUUUCCUCAGAGCCUUGGAAUCUUGGGUGGAAAACCAGGUGCUUCGACAUACAUUAUUGGUGUUCAGAAUGAUAAGGCAUUCUACCUUGAUCCACAUGAAGUUAAGCCGGUUGUUAAUAUUACUGGGGAUACUCAAGAGCCUAAUACAUCAUCAUAUCACUGCAACAUUAGCAGGCACAUGCCCCUAGAUUCAAUUGACCCGUCUUUGGCUAUUGGAUUUUACUGCCGAGACAAAGAUGAUUUUGAUGAUUUUUGUUCCCGAGCAACUAAGCUUGCAGAAGAAUCAAACGGUGCACCAUUAUUCACUGUAGCUCAGUCUAGGAGUCUCCCAAUGCAAGUCACAAGUAAUUCUGUGUCAGGUGACGACACAAGAUUUGAAGAGGAUGAUUCGCUUAGUAUGAACCUUGUUAAUGAUGCAGGCAAUGAAGAUGACUGGCAAUUCCUAUAAAUGCUGGGCUACAAUGUGAAUUUAAGUAAGGUUGUUGCUUGAUUCUCAAGAUUGUUUACCACUGCCGAGUUUGGUUGAUGCUCGACUUUGCACUCGCACUCUUCAAACGUUUAAUAGGCUUGUAGAAAUUUGAACUCGUUGUGAUUCUUUGGCUUAAAUUGUUUACUCAUUUGUUCAUAUGGCUAACCAGGUAUUUAUUGUACAUUAAACUAGUUCGAUCAUUUGUUGAUGUACCCUUCUAUUGGCUACAGAAUUGUAGUGGAUAUUACUUUGGCAAUGUCAAAUAAGUGGUAGAGUAGUUCAUAUUGA